AUGCCGCGCCCGCGCCUCUCGCUCGCCAUGCGCGACAACUGGCGACAUCUGCAGCGCCUGUACGGCUUCGAGGUCGACUACGACGACUGCGUACCCCCUCGACGCGCCCCGAGCUUGGAUUCCCUCAUCAACUCAUCAGAAGCGGCGUCCAGCGCUGACGCAUCCGCCCCCGAGGAUUCCGACUCCGGCGCCGACACCCGGCACGACCCCGAUCCCCCGAGGAAGCAAUACACGUACACCAAUCCCGAUCGGAUCCCUAAGAAAUGUCCUCAAAGUUUCUCGUCGUCGUCUAGUGGUCACAUGGAGACGAUCCACGAAGAGACGACCGAACCUAAAGUGUCUGUGAAAGAGAUCCUCGCGAGAUUUGAAAAUCUCACCGAAAAGACUGAUUCCGCACAGAUUCAACCGAAACCGACCACAAAUGGAGUUGCGAAGGAGAGAGUGUCAGAACGUGACAGCAGAGAGACGCGUGACGUCAGAGACUCCCGGGAAAUGAGAGAGAGUCGUGCGUCCAGAGAGGAGACGGAACUGUCGGAGAGGCGGCACACAUCCCCCGCGCCUCGGGAUAGAGAGAGGGAGCGAGACCGAGAUAUGAGAGAUGAGAGGAGGGAACAGACCACACCACAACACGACGGUAGACAUCCGUUGCUGCAGUUCGCGGUGGAUCACUUCCGGCAAAGCCCAGAACUAGAAAUACUAAAGGCCGACUCUUCACUGAAGAGUAAAGCUAAACGUAACGAGUGGACAUGGAAGGCUCAAACGGACGUAGUAAAGUGGCAGGCAACUCCGUUACGUGCGCCCUUGCUACGACUGCCGGCUGCGCUCGCGCCGCCCGCGCUCGAGUGCUUCACCUGCAUACGCGCCUACUGCGGGGACCUCACGCCCGCCGAGAGGCCCGUGCACCAGGACCUCACGGAGGUCAAGUGUGUCUACACUGUACUCAUGCACUGCCACUCGGUGCCAGAGCUGCGUGAUGAAGUGUACUGCCAGCUGAUGAAGCAGACCACCUCUAACCGGUCUCAGGCGCCGGACUCGUGCCAGCGCGCCUGGCGGCUCAUGUCCAUCCUAGCUGCAUACUUCACAUGCUCCGACACGCUCCGGCCAUUCCUGGUGGAGUACCUGUCAUCAGCUGCGGCGGACAGGCGGCGCGGCUGCCAGGGAACAGCGGCCGUCUGCCUCGCUAACCUCAGGAAGACACUACGAUGUGGAGGCAGGAAAAACGUGCCCAGCGUCGAGGAGGUGACGGCAGUGUCGGCGGGCAGGUCGGCCCGCCGUCAGCUGUACCGUCUGCCGGGCGGCGCCGAGCGUGUGGUCAACACCCGAUGCGCCACGGUAGUGCAGGACAUUGUUAACGAACUGUGCGAACUGAUCGGCGUGAGCAGCGCGGCGGAGCGGCAGGAGUUCUCGCUGUACUGCAUCGUGGCGGGCGACGCGCUGACGAUGCCGCUGGCGGGCGACGAGUACGUGCUGGACGUGACCACGGAGCUGCAGCGCGCGCACCACCCCUUCUACCUGAUCUUCUGCCGCUCCGUGUGGCACCACCCGCUGCGCGCCGACGCGCCGCCGCUCUACACGGAGCUGCUCUUCAACCAGGUGGCGCCGGACUACCUGGAGGGCCUGCUGGUGGUGGUGCCGAGUGGGGGCGGGGGCGGGGGCGGGGGCGCGCGAGGCGGGCGCGGUGGGCGCGCUGCUGCACCGCGCGGCCGCGCUGCAGGAGCCGCCGCAGCCGCGCGACCUGAAGUUCCUGCUGCCCAAGCCGCUGCUGGCGCUGCCGCAGCCGCGGCCGGCCGCGUGGCACGCCGCGCUCAUGGCCGAGUGGCCGCACGCGCGCGCGCUCUCGCCCCAGCACGCCAAGGCCAAAGUGCUGCAGGUGUUGUCCCGGUGGCCGCUGUUCGGUUCGUCGUUCUUCGCGGUCCGCCGCGCGGUGGGCGGCGGGGGCGCGGGGGAGUGGCGGGAGCACGUGCUGGCGCUGAACCGGCGCGGCGUGCACCUGCUGCACCCGCACACGCACGAGACUGACACGCACUGGACGUACGCAGAGCUCAUCUCCACCAGGAAGGUGCGGUCCGAGGACGGCACGCUGUACCUGGACGUGAAGUGCGGCUCGCUGCUGCAGCAGCGCGUGACGCGGCUGCAGGCCGAGCAGGCGCACGAGAUCGCGCGCCUCGUGCGCCAGUACGUGGCGCUGCAGCGGGACACCGCGCACCAUACAGGUUUCAGCACGUGA